UCUCAUAUUAAUUCUUCUCUCUCUCUAGAUUUUGAUUUCAAAAUGAACCGAAACCAUGCCGUUGCGGCAACAAAGAUGUCUCAGUUGCUAUUAAUGCAACUGAGGCCUCGUUUGUUCUCUACAACGUCACAUUUUGCCUCCCGUUCGUCUAUAAUGGGGCCCUCCAAGAUUCCAAUGGAUACAACCAUUGGAACUGCUAGGGUUUUGGCCAUGCAUGCUCGUAACUGGAGUGCACAUGCUUCUGAUUUAGGCACAAACAAGAAAGAGGACAACGAUCAGAAAGCAGUGUCGAGCUAUUGGGGGAUAGCUCCACCAUCGCUCACCAAAGCCGACGGAUCCGCUUGGAAAUGGAACUGUUUUCGGCCAUGGGAGGCUUAUGAAGCAGAUACCUCCAUUGAUAUGAAGAAGCAUCACAAGCCAGUCACUUGGAAUGAUAAAAUUGCAUUUGGGAUCGUCCAAGCCCUCAAGUAUCCAACACAUUUCUACUUUCAGAAAAAACACAUACACCACGCGGUUCUGCUAGAAACCGUGGCUGCGGUGCCUGGAAUGGUCGGAGGAAUGUUGUUGCACGCCAAAUCGUUACGUCGAUUCGAGCAAAGCGGUGGCUGGAUCAAGGCGUUACUAGAAGAAGCCGAAAAUGAGAGAAUGCAUCUAAUGACAUUCAUCGAUGUAUACCGACCAAAAUGGCAUGAACGUGCCCUAGUGUUCGCGGUCCAAGGCGUGUUUUUUAACGCGUACUUUCUAGCGUAUCUGGCGUCGCCAAAACUUGCUCACCGCAUCACAGGCUACCUUGAGGAAGAGGCGGUGAAUUCGUACACCGAGUUUCUGAACGAUCUGGAGAAAGGGGUGAUGGAAGACAUGCCGGCACCUGCCAUCGCCAUAGAUUACUGGUGCUUACCACAAAACUCGACAAUGAAAGAUGUGGUUAGGGUUAUACGUGCAGACGAAGCACAUCAUCGUGAUCUCAAUCAUUAUGCAUCUGACAUUCAGUGUGGAGGGCAUGAGCUCAAGGAGUACCCUGCUCCGAUUGGUUACCAUUAACGAACGAUUCCGAUGGUUGUGUAUAAAAGUUUAUACCGUAGGUUGUAUAUGUUUUGUAUAACUAGAAUGCUACUCGCAGAAUCUAGCGAGAUACAUCUUAAUUUUAAUGUUUUUUUUUGUCUCA